CCCGUGUAUAUUUCGGGUCCUGAGUCAACGUGGGACAGUGCGUUUGUGUUAUGCCGAAUUUGUUGUCAAGUGUUUGUGUUUUUAAUGUCAGUAGUUCUAUUUUGACAUUUUUUACAUUACUAGUUUGGGAUAUUGGACAGUAAACUGUGACGACUUAUCAUGAUGCCGGGGGAGAAUCUUUCCAAAAUCGCUUCAGGAGCAACUACUGGACCCUGUCAAAACUGCACUGUGCUUCACCAGAACCUAAAGGAAUAUGUGGCAGCUCUCCUGGUUUUGAAACAGAAAACGAUGGACUCCGAUCACCUGCUGAGUGAAUAUCAAGGGAAGUGUGAAGAGCUUCAGAGAUCCCACAGGGAGACCAGUAAGCAGCGUAUACAACUGGAUGAUUUGCAGUUGAAAGUAGCUUCUCUGGUAAAGCAACGUGCAGAGUACGAAGCCAUGCGGGCAGAGCUGGAGGCUAAGCAGAGCGCUGAGAAGUUGUCCCAGCACCUUUUGGAGGAAGUGGAGAGGCUGAAGGAGGAAGUGGAGAGGCUGAAGGAGCAGAACAACAACACAGAGACUCUAAAGAAGAGACUUGAGGACCAGCUGAAGAUGGUAGCAGAGACAACGGAGAAGCAGUGUGUGGAUAAUGUCCAGCUGAGACAGGAGAAGACGGCGCUGCAGAAAGACCUGCUGAAAACACAGGUGUCGUUGAAGACGUGUCAGAAGGUAGCAGAGGAAGUGCAGCGGUUGGAGGAGGACAACGCCAGGACAUCCGUUCUAAAAUACGACCUGGAAAAACAACUUGUACUGUUUCAAGAUUCUCAACUCAAGCAAGAGCGUGACAUUACCAGGCUGAAAACAGAGAAGAUUGUACUGGAGAACGAGCUUCUACAUCUUCAGGAACGACUAGAGAAACAGGAGACGGAGAAGAAUAAAGUAUUAAAGAGCACGUCAACUCAAGCAACGGCACCUGAAGAAACACAGGUGGAUAAAGAGAAGGUCCAGAGGCUGCUGGAGGAUCUAUGGGUGUGUGUAGCUCCUCCCUCAUCACACCUCCCUGCCAGGAGGAAACAGCAGUUAAAGGAGCACCUACAAGACCGCAGCACAGUUGAACCCCACAGACCUGACAGUGACCCACCAGGCCAUGGACCCAGCAGGAACAGUGACCCGCUAGGACAUGUACCCGGCAGGAACAGUGACCCGGCAGGCCCUGGACCCAGCAGGAACAGUGACCCUCCAGGCCAUGGACCCAGCAGGAACAGUGACCCGCUAGGCCAUGGACCCAGCAGGAACAGUGACCCGCUAGGCCCUGGACCCAGCAGGAACAGUGACCUGGCAGGCCCUGGACCCAGCAGGAACAGUGACCCUCCAGGCCAUGGACCCAGCAGGAACAGUGACCCUCCAGGCCAUGGACCCAGCAGGAACAGUGACCCUCCAGGCCAUGGACCCAGCAGGAACAGUGACCCGGCAGGCCCUGGACCCAGCAGGAACAGUGACCCUCCAGGCCCUGGACCCAGCAGGAACAGUGACCCUCCAGGCCCUGGACCCAGCAGGAACAGUGACCCUCCAGGCCAUGGACCCAGCAGGAACAGUGACCCGGCAGGCCAUGGACCCAGCAGGAACAGUGACCCGCUAGGCCAUGGACCCGGCAGGAACAGUGACCCACCAGGCCCUGGUCCCGGCAGGAACAGUGACCCACCAGGCCCUGGUCCCGGCAGGAACAAUGACCCUCCAGGCCCUGGACCCAGCAGGAACAUUGUCCCGCCAGGCCAUAAACAUAGUAGAUCAGUUGAGGAGAUCCUGGACUGGUUCAAGCCGCUGCCCCCUGUCCUCUCCCCCUUACCCUGGUCCUCAGCUCAGGAGAGGUUGGAUGAUGUCUUGGAGUCCAGAGCUCGAGGGACCAGAUUUCCUCUAGAGAACAGAAACCAGUCUGUCUACACUACAGGACCAGCCAAUCAAACAGCAGGACAGCAGCCUGGACCAGCCAAUCAGACAGCAGGACAGAAAACUGGACCAGCCAAUCAGACAGCAGGACAGAAAACUGGACCAGCCAAUCAGAUGGCCCUUGUGUUGUCAGGACAACAACCUGCAGACUCCUCAGUGGAACUACCAUCAGACAGAAUUAAUUUUACUCCGAGAGAAAGCCCUGUUUCAGACAGCACUAAUUCUACUCUGAGAAAAAGCCCUGAUCUGGCCACAGGGACCUCAGGAGAGACCGAGAGGAACAGUGUGGCUGUCUGUGAACAGGAAGACAUGCAGGUAGAACCAGCUGCUGAAACCAUCCAGUCCCCGUCAGGAGAGACUCAAACCUCCUCUAAUGAUCUACCUUACUUUACCAAAACCACAGAGUGUCUCCCAAACUCAGUAGAGCAACCAGGCAACCUCUCUGUCCAUACUGGGGCCGUUCAGACCUCAUUCACCCGGACGCAAGGAGAAGAAGUGCAGGACUUCUCACCAGACAUGACAGAGAUGGAUGUUGAGACUAACCCGUGUUAUAAUGGCUGUGUCUUGGCGGGUCAGAGCAUCAACCACGGGGACUCGGAGAAAGUAGAAAGCAUUAAAGAUCAGUCAGGAGAGGCCAGCGUGUCUCAAACUCCCUCCACUAAACAGCUGGAACCCAGUCUUCUGGUUGAGUGUUCUGCGGAGACAGUGACUGGUCCAGAACAACUGACUGAAUGGGCUCCUAACACUCAAUGUAACACCACUGAUCAGAAAGCAGCUCCUCAAGCAUGUCCCCAUAAACAAGACAAGUUGUUUACAGGCCAGGAAUCAGAUAAAGACGAUGAAGAGGGUUUCUCUUGGAAACAGGUUGGUGAUGUACUGUUCCCUCCCAGUCACCCUACAGAAAGACUGGCCUCCCCCAGUCACCCUACAGAAGGACUGGCCUCCCCCAGUCACCCUACAGAAAGACUGGCCUCCCCCAGUCACCCUACAGAAGGACUGGCCUCCCCCAGUCACCCUACAGAAGGACUGGCCUCCCCCAGUCACCCUACAGAAGGACUGGCCUCCCCAGUCAGUCACACCCUACAGAAGGACUGGCCUCCCCAGUCACCCUACAGAAGGACUGGCCUCCCCCAGUCACCCUACAGAAGGACUGGCCUCCCCCAGUCACCCUACAGAAGGACUGGCCUCCCACAGUCACCCUACAGAAGGACUGGCCUCCCCCAGUCACCCUACAGAAGGACUGGCCUCCCACAGUCACCCUACAGAAGGACUGGCCUCCCACAGUCACCCUACAGAAAGACUGGCCUCCCCAGUCACCCUACAGAAGGACUGGCCUCCCCCAGUCACCCUACAGAAGGACUGGCCUCCCCCAGUCACCCUACAGAAGGACUGGCCUCCCACAGUCACCCUACAGAAGGACUGGCCUCCCACAGUCACCCUACAGAAGGACUGGCCUCCCCCAGUCACCCUACAGAAGGACUGGCCUCCCCCAGUCACCCUACAGAAGGACUGGCCUCCCCCAGUCACCCUACAGAAGGACUGGCCUCCCCAGUCACCCUACAGAAGGACUGGCCUCCCCAAAUCACCCUAAAGAAGGACUGA